UGCCCGGCAGCGGCUCCUCCAGACCCGGGUGCCUGCGAAGAAUAAGCCCGAGGCGGUGGCCCGGAGCCCGCGGCGCCGGUUCACCACGCUGAUCCUGUGUCUGGCCUUCUUGGGGCUGGGAACAACCACUGCUAUACUGGGACCCACAUUUCAAGAUCUGGCCACUAACGUGAACCGCAAUAUCAGCAGUCUUUCUGAAGUAUUUGUGGGUCGUGCUUUUGGAUAUUUGUGUGGCUCUAUGAUUGGAGGAGUUCUUUUGGACUGUAUGAAUCAGUUUUUGCUUUUGGGGCUUUCCAUGCUAGCGACUACAGUCGGUCUUUAUCUCACUCCAUUUUGCAAGCAAGCAGUACUGCUGAUUGUCAUGAUGUCUGUCUUUGGGGUUUCAUUUGGUGCUCUGGAUACAGGUGGGAACGUGCUCAUCUUGGCUCUUUGGGGGGACAAGAGCCCCCCACACAUGCAGGCCUUACACUUCAGUUUUGCCCUGGGUGCCUUCCUGGCUCCCCUGCUGGCUAAACUGGCGCUGGGCCCCACAGAGUCUGCUGACAACCACACAGAAACCGACUUUCUGCCUGCAGCCCUCAAUGCCUCUUCUGAAGCCGCCUCAGACCCUCUACUCGCAGCUCCCCAUGACAUGAACUUACUGUGGGCUUAUGCUUCCAUAGGCACUUAUAUUCUUGUGGUUUCUCUCUUUUUCUUUGCUCUGUUCUUCAUGAAAAGCUCAAGGCAGGGAAAAUCAACAGCAUCUGCUCAGCAAUCUCGAAGAGCUCAAUACCACAAGGCCCUUCUCUGUCUGCUUUUUCUGUUCUUCUUCUUCUACGUUGGGGCUGAGGUGACAUACGGCUCUUACCUUUUCUCCUUUGCCACCACCCAUGUUGGCAUGGACGAGAGAGAGGCAGCUGGCUUGAACUCCAUCUUCUGGGGGACCUUCGCAGCCUGCAGGGGCCUGGCAAUCCUCUUUGCCACGUGUUUACGCCCUGCCACUAUGAUUGUGUUGAGCAACAUUGGCAGCCUGGCCUCCUGUUUGUUUCUGGUGCUUUUUGACAGGAGCCCCCUUUGUCUCUGGAUAGCAACCUCGGUGUAUGGGGCCUCCAUGGCCACCACGUUUCCCAGUGGUGUUUCUUGGAUUGAACAGUACACCACCAUCAGUGGCAAAUCUGCUGCAUUUUUUGUGAUUGGUGGUACUCUGGGAGAAAUGGCUAUUCCUGCAGUAAUUGGAAUUCUUCAAAGGCAAUACCCAGAUUUACCAGUAGUUCUGUACAUCUGUUUGGGGUCAGCAAUAUGCACUGCUAUUAUAUUUCCUGUGAUGUAUAAACUAGCUACCUUGCCUUUGUACCACCACAGAAAAAGAAACAGAAAGAACAAAGACCAGAAAGCUUUGCCAUCUAGUUUUGGGUUAUAAAGGAACAAGCUGAGGGCUCAGUGGCUCAGGCCUCCAGCCAAGAGUAGCUAUAGUCCUAGUUACUCAGAAAAUUGUGAUCCAGAUCACAGUUCAAAGCCAGGCCUGGCAGAAAAGUCCAGAGUUGUACAUGAACCAUCAUUGUGCACAAACCGUAAGAUCUUGUCAUGAGUCUCCCUUGGCAUGUGGCUGGUUAGGUAUUCUUGCAUUGUAUCCAGCAUUAAGAGCAUUGGAUGAAGGCAUUUGUAGUUGAGAACUGGUGGUGCUAGAGAGGAGUGGAGUUGGAUUUUCUAAGUAAAUGAUUGGGCAUCCUUGUUCUGCCUGAGAACUGGGGAGAACAGUUUCAUGAAAGAGUAUCCUAGUAAGGGGCAGAGUUUGUUGUUUUUUUUUUUAACUCAACACAGAGUUAGACUAAGGCAUAAGGGCUAAUACUAAGGGCUCAUUUUAAAAUUUUUCUAUAAAAAUACUUAAGAGGGCCUAAAAGACCUGUCUUGAAGAUGUGACUCUGCCAUGUAGGGCUACACUGAGGACCUUAUUCUACAGUAAUUUGUCUCAUUUUUACUGAUCUGUGAUCCUAGAAAUCAAAAUGAGUUGAUUCACAAGUAGAAAGCCUAAAGUUUUAAAGUCUGUGUAAGAUGUCUGUUACAGCAGCCUCUUCAUUUCAAAUGGAAAUGUAACUAAAAUGAUCAUUGUCUUUUAGAUGAUGGUGCUGAUAGUGAAUGCAUGCCAAAUUAAUAUGCAUAAUGUUUAAUUCAUUCUCACAAUGAUUAUAUGAAAAACUCAGUAACGGUGAUGCAUUUCACUCAUGCAGAGUAUACCUUUCCCCUUAAUUUUAACAUGGCUGAAACAGGACAUAGCCCACAAUCAAUCAAUGAUCAUGUAACAUCAUGACAAAAUUAUACAUGUGAAAUUCAUACACGUAUUUAAAAUAACUACACUCAAUAUCUUAAACUAACAAAAUAGUAACUCUUUUGAUUAUGGAGAUUAUAAUGUUUGAUUCACAAUUUUUGUGUUAAAGUUAUUUAUUCGCUUGUUCAUUUUGGGACAGGGUCUCAACUCUUACGCAGAACUUCCACCUCAGCCUCCUAACUUCCUAGGACACCAGAGUUAUAUGCCUCAAUGCUGGAAGGAAAAGAGUUUUUAGAUGUAAUUGUUCUCCCUAGAUAUGUUCAAAAGGGAUUUAGUUACAUUUUAGAAGCUAUUAUGGAGUUAUUACAUUAGUCAUAGAGCUAUAGAUGGGUCUCUUGGGGCCCUUGGCCUACCUCAAUAAAGAUAAUGAGUCUG